AGUGGAAAUCUGUUCAGUAAUGGCUGCGCCCAUGGUUUCAGUGGACCACGAGUGAAUUGUUUUAUUUUGGGUUUUCAAUCAUGGGUUUGAAGGGGAAAUUUUUCAGGAAAGAUCCGCAAAACUUAAGACGUUUCAGAACAGAAAUAACUGAAUUACUUGGCGAUGAAUCAAAACGAUCAGACAGACAUUCGCAAGGGAAAAAAGUUAAGGGGAGAAAACAAAAACGAAAGGAGAUGAAACAGCUAAAAAAGGCCAGGAGGCUUGCCUUUAGUCAACACUUACCAAUGCCUACACUUGAAACAAAUGCAAAGAAGGAAAAAACAUUUGACAAGGAAAAGAAAAAAAAAGAAUUAAAAGAAAAACUCAAACAGAGGAAGAAGAAAGCUAAAGAAAAAAAGAGGGAAGAGAAACAAAAGAUAGAAGAGAUCAGGAAGAAGAACAUGGAACAGGAGAUACGACAGGAGGAGAGGAUGUUAAAACAGUUAGAGAAACAGCUUCACUUAAACAAACGCAAGAGGAAGACUCUUCCACAAUCCUUCCUCUCAGAUGGACUUGAUUAUAUUCUAGAUGCAGUAGAUGAAAGUAAAUUGAAGGAGGAUUUCAAGGAUGAUUUGGACUCUGACCUUGACAGUGACCAGGAUGACGCUGAGGAUGCAGAUCUGAAUUGGUUAAAACAUAAGAAAAAGAAAGCCAGAAUGCAAGCUGAUAUAGAAAAUGAUGAUGAUGAUGAUGAUGAUGAGGAUGAGGAUGAAGAUGAUGAUGAUGAAGAUGAAGAUGAUGAAGGUGAUGAUGAUGAUGGGGAUGAAUUCAGUGAAGAUGAAAUGAGUGAAGGUGAAUUUGACACAAAGGAAGAAAAUAUAAAAGUUUUGCAAGUAAAACAGCCUUCAUCAACAGCAUCUGAAAUCAAAUCAAUUCUUAAGUCGACAGAUCGAUCCACAAUGGCUGUGAAACAGAAACAGGUAAACAAAGUUAAAUUCCCAGAAAGUGUUACUUCAAACAAAUCUGACACUAAGAACAAUAGUGAUGAUCUUAACGUCACCGGUGAGAGUGAUGGGAGUGAAGAAAUGGAGGAUGAUGAUGACAAUGAAGAGGAGGAGGAUGAGGAAGGUGAGGAGAGCAGACUGAUGAAAACACCAGAAUUAAAGGAGGAUAUCUAUGGUCGUUUGCGGGAUGCUAAAGGUAAUAUUGUACAGUCUUCAGCAGUCGUUGGGACGUACAUACCUCCAGGUAAACGCCUCGCCAUGGCAGGAGGAGACGAGAAACAUAAACUACGUCUGGAUAGGCUACGGAAACAGCUCAAGGGUCUUGUAAACAGGGUAAGUCAGGCCAACAUGAAUCCCAUCAGCUCUCAGAUUGAGGAGAUGUAUCGAUCAAACAGCAGAGCAGAAAUGAACGAAACACUUGCCGGGAUUAUCCUUGAUGCCUGUGUAUCUGUCGUCAUUACACCAGAGAGACUUGCUAUGGAGCUCAUGAUGCUGCUUGCAAUUCUCCAUGGCAACGUGGGCACAGAAGUGGGGGCAACAUUUACACAGACGCUAGCGGAAAGAUUCUCGUCCUGCUGUAGUAAGUCAGAACAGUACGGUGAAGGAAAGGAAGCAGACAACAUGGUACUUCUCUUCUCCUACCUCUACAACUUCAAAAUCAUACACAACAUACUCAUACUGGAUCUGAUCAAGAAGUUUGUGGCAGCCUUUCAGGAGAAGGAUAUUGAAUUAUUACUUCUUCUACUUAAAAAUAUUGGGUUCUGUCUGAGAAAGGAUGACCCAGUCAUGUUAAAACAGGUCAUCCAGGACAUCCAAACAAAAGCCAAAGAUGUCGACACAAGUCACUUUGAGGAGAAGACACGUGUUCGCUUCAUGUUGGAUACACUGUUAGCCAUAAAAAAUAACAACAUGAGGAAAAUACCCAACUACGAUCCCGACCAUUUUGAACAGCUGAAGAAACAAACCCGGGUUUAUUUACGUCAAGGCCUGGGAGUGGGACAGCUGCGGAUCAGUCUUGAAGAUCUUCUCCAGGCAGGAGUCAAAGGUCGCUGGUGGGUUGUAGGGUCAGCCUGGACUGGACGGGACCAACAACAAUCGGGUACAGACGAGGCUACCAACACAUCAGAAACAAACAUAUCAACAGAAAUCACCAAGAGCAGCAGCAAAAUCCUGGAUUUGGCACGGAAACAGAGAAUGAACACCGACAUCCGGCGUAAUAUUUUCUGUACCAUCAUGUCCAGUGAGGAUUACUUGGAUGCCUUUGAGCGGCUGUUGAGACUCGGUCUGAAACAUCAACAGGAAAGGGAGAUAAUCCAUGUUAUCCUGGACUGCUGUCAACAGGAAAAGUCAUUCAACCCGUUCUAUGCUUACCUCCUACAGAAGUUCUGUGAAUAUGACCGCAGGUUUCAGAUGACAUUCCAGUUUACUAUGUGGGACAAGUUUAAGGAGAUGAGUAACCUUUCGGAGCGUAACCGUGACAACCUGGCUCGGACAGUGUUACACCUCCUGGCUACCAAAGCUGUGUCUUUAUCCUUAUUCAAAGUUGUAGAAUUCGGGGGCUUGGACAAAAUCAUGGUCCGGUUCAUGAAGCAUGUGUUACGAGGUCUCCUAUUGGACUAUCCUGAUGAUGUUACGGAAGCAUGCUUCAUGCGGAUCGCACCACUCAACAAACUGCAUAUGUUACACGAAGGACUUAGAUUAUUCAUGCAACAUUUUCUGUUGAAGAAAAGUUCUACAGAAUCAAAGGACUACACUUUAUUGAAAGAACGAGUUUCAUUGGCCGAGAGAGCAUUAUCAUCUAGUCAAUCAAAAAUGUUGCUUUGAAAUGUAGAGUUAUAAUUGAGGAUUAAAUUUUUUUUACAAAAUUUUA